CGCCGCUAGUUCACAUCAAAAUGGCCGCAUUUUAGUCUACAGAGUACUUUUCUUUACUGUUUGCCAAUAGCCGUGCCGAGGGCCUGGCGGUGUUCUCUUAGAUCUAUCGUGACCGAUCUGUUUCGCCGGAAAUUUCGCUGCAUCGUGCGUCGCGCACCAAAUUUCCGUGAAAUAGAACGUAAUAGGAUUUUUCUGUGCAUUUUCAUAAGAUGUUACGUCACCAACAUCACGCAAUGCAGAAUCAACUACGGGAUCAUAAUAGAAUGGCAGGACCGAUGCGGCCUAUGCAACAAGCUAAUAUGACUCAGUUACAUCAACCACAGCAUCUGUUGCCGCAUCGGAAUCCUCAUCAACCGAUACUGUCCAUGCCCCCCCAUCAACAACAUAUGCAUCACAUGCAGCAUCCUGGCCCGCCGCAUGGAAAUCCGAGACAGCCGAUGUUGAUGGGCAUGAAUGCGCACAAUACAAACAAUACCAUGGUUAGCGUUAGCAUGAAGGACCAAACAAAUACAGUUUCUGUGACUCUUCAAAAUGUGCAACCUCAAUAUCAACACCAGCAGCAACAACAGCAGCAGCAACCAAAUAAUCAACAGAAUCAGUCUAUCCAACAGCCACAACCGCAGCAGCAAGUGCAACAAUCGCAACAGCAGCAGCAGCAGCAGCAACAACAGCCGCAACAUAUGUCACAGCAAUCGAACAUAGAACAAUCAAAGGCGAUAACAAACGAUGCCAAUGGAGAGUCCAGAGAUGACAAUUCGUCCAAUCAGAAUCAUGCCAACGGAACUAAUCCAGCCUUGGCAAACAUGAAAGAAAAAACACCCAUGUGCUUGUUGAAUGAGUUAGCGAGAUUCAAUAGGAUUCAACAUCAGUAUAGGUUGACCAACGAGCAGGGACCGGCGCACAAGAAGAGAUUUACAGUGACAUUGAAACUUGGCGAGGAAGAAUACGUUGCGGAAGGUCCUAGCAUAAAGAAAGCUCAACACAGUGCAGCGACCGAGGCCUUAACCAAGACGUGGUAUCGUCAACCUCCGCCUAAACCCACCAAGGCUAUGAGAAUCGGCCAUCUGGGCAAAUGCCCGGCAGGUUCUGGUAAUUUCGAUAAUUUCGGACAUUUACCACCUACUGUUGAACUGAAUGCUCUAGCAAUGAAACGAGGUGAACCAACUGUUUAUACGUUCCGACAAGCUCCGCCAGCUACAUUACAGCAUCAAUUUAUGCCGCAUAGUUUUAAUAAUUUUCCGCGAAUGUACAAUCCUCGAAUUCCAUAUAAUCGCGGAGUUCAUACAGAUCUUCAAGCAUUAUAUCUCGUUACGCUCAAAGUUGGUGAACGCGAAUUCACGGGUAGAGGUUUGACAGGUCAAGCGGCCCGCCACGAUGCAGCUAGCAGAGCUUUAGAACAGCUGCGGCAAUUGCCCUUACCGGAAGAAAUCGCAACCGUGAAUAACACUAAUGAAAAUGGUACAUUGAAUGGUAUUGAUGAUCCAAACGCUGAGUUGAAAAGUCCAGUGUCAUUAGUUCAUGAAACUGCUCUGAAACGUGGAUUAUCAGUGAGCUUUGAAGUUGUAUCCGAGAGUGGUAAACCUCACAUAAGAACCUUUAUGACGAAAUGCACUGUUGGUGACAAAGUCACUGUGGGAGAAGGAUCUUCAAAAAAAGUGUCAAAGAAACGCGCUGCCGAGUUGAUGUUAGAAGAAUUAAAACGUCUUCCUCCUUUACCAGCUACAAUACAGAAUCGAUCGAUGCGAGUAAAACGUAAGCCACCAGCAACUAAAAAGAAAUCUCGUAAUUUAAUAAAGGUUUACCAGGAGCCUCGUUCAGAAAGUGAAGCCGCGGAGGAAGUCAAUCCGGUCUCCCGGCUAGUUCAGAUUCAGCAGGCGAAACGUGAAAGAGAACCAGUCUACAAUUUAAUUGACGAGAAAGGCGCGCCAAGACGCAGAGAAUUUGUCAUGGAAGUGACAAUGGGUCAACACUCCGCACAGGGAAUUGGACCUAACAAGAAAUUGGCUAAAAGAGCUGCAGCUGAGGCUCUCUUGGCGCAAUUAGGAUAUAGCAAACCAUCGCCGCAACCCGCGAAACCAUCUAUAAAGACAGGAGACAGCGAAAACACGGAAUCGAAACCCAGAAAAGUGACGUUUCUCGAAGAUGAACAAGUAAAUGAUACUCCACCUCAUUCAGUAGGAGGUACCAUAGGCCGUCAACUAGUGCCUGGUCUUUUAUUAGUGGACGGAGGUCAAGAAUCUAAAUUGGGAAAUGGACCCAGUGUACAAAUAGUUGCUGAAGAAUUACGUGGACAACAACAGAAUGCGGCUGGUGUUUCACCCAAGGAUCAAUUACAUUAUUUAUCUCAAUUAUUUAAUUUUACUGUAGAAUUCAGUGAUUUUCCAAAGGGAGUAUCUAUAAACAAGGAAUAUUUAUCACUUGUAUCACUAAGUACUGAUCCACCACAAGUUUGUCACGGUAAUGGGGCGACAAUAGCCGCGAGUCGCAAUCAAGCAGCGCUAAGAGCACUUCGCACUCUCAGUAAAUUGGGACUCGACAAUGCUUCGAAUGCAGCGCAAGUAAAGAAAGACAAAGAACAAACUCUGGCUACAUGUGCCAGAGACUUGUGCUGAUUAAACAAUUUUAUGAAAGAUUAAGUAUCUAAACUUUAAAUUGGUAAAACAUAGGUAAUGGGAUAUAUACUGUCCCUAUGCCCCAAUUUGCUUUUAUAUAGGGGCCAGAAGCAUUCUGGGGUUACAUAUUCAUGUAUCGUGAAAUAUUGAGAAGUAAAGAGAACAGAAAUUUUCCAUGCACCUAUCAUUCAAAGAUAGAGAAUAAUGAUAGGCUGCAUCAGAAAUUUCGGAAAACGUAAAAUGAUAAUAAUUAAAAAGCUAUCCCAUUGCGUCAAAACCAUUACAAAAUUGUUUUAGUCUUAUUAAAAAACAAUCCGAAUACAGCUACGAAUUUUGUCUGGUUGAGAAACAAAGGGAAUAAAGAAAUUUCCAUACACAUUUAUCGUUUGCAAAUAAAUGAUAAUGAUAAGCUGUAUAGGAAAUUUCGUCGAAUAUAAGGAAAAAAAAGGAGAUAAUCCAAAACUUGUCCCGUUACGCGUCAGGAUUAUAUUACAAAAUUAUUUUAAUUUUGUUAAGAAAUAAUCCUGAAACAAUGGCAAAUUUUGCGUUAUUGCCGAGUAAAAGCAGUAGAGUGGAUAAAACUUAAUGAAUGAAGAUAAAUAUUGAGAAACGGUACAGACUUUGAAUAUUCGUAUAAUUUUACUUAAAUUCAAAAUUAAGUUCUCUAUAUUUUGCGCAAAAUAUAAACGUUGUCUCUUACAAUUUUGACGAUGUAAUAAUGCAAAGUUUUGUACCGGCUUUCUCAAUCAAAUAACUUGCUGUCUUCUAUUCAUUAUUCGUAUUAUGCGAUUUAUUGAACAACAAAUACAAGCAACUAAAUAAAUUGUAUUAUUGUUCAUUAAAUUCGUACACACUUUAUUCGUAAUGCCCGGUGCUCGGUAUAUUGAAAAUUUGUAACAAGCGUUCGCACGAUGAUUAAUAUACUGAAAUUAACGCGAGUUACAUUUGAUCAAUUCGAAGAUAAUUUAAAAGACAUUCGGUGAAAAUUAUUUAUUGAUUUUUCGAGAUGCUAGUUGGAUUUUUUGCCUGAUCGCUUUUAUAAGUGAGCCUUUCUUGUUCAUGUCACAAUACAGUAUUACGAGACACAGUGGUAGAUUCCAUUAUGUAUAAUUUUUUGAGAAAGACAAACAGAAAGGAGAGAAGAAUUGAAUAACUUGCGUCAUGUACGCUGCGAGAGAAGAACACAAUUUUAUGCAUAUAAACUGUAAUACCAUAUAGUUAAUAUUAAUGAUAGAUAAGCGAAUAUGGUAUCAAUUUACCAAAUAAGGUAUCAAGGUACCAGAAAAAAGAAUCCUUCAACACUUUAAGGAGAGUCCACUAAGAAAUCAACUUAGCAAAAUGUUGAGCUUGAUUCGUAAAGUGUUAAAAAAAUACUAGCCGAUGCAUCGAUAUUGGCUAAAUAAAGGAGAAACAAUUGUGAAACAUUAGUUUCAUGUAUGAUCUAUGUUGCGUUCUGUAAUUUCAUUUUAAUAGUCAUACAUACAUAAACGCUACGAAACAUUUGCUUACUUUUGAUUAAAGCUAACUAGAAAAUUGUUUAAAAAAUCACUUUGAUAAAAUAUGUUCUCGCUACUUUUUACUCGUAAUUAUUUGACUGGAUGAAUACCGAGCGCAAAAAAGUAUACUCAAUACCAUAAUAUAGUUUAAUUAUGUUAGAUUUAUAUCUAAGUAAAGCGAUUUGAGUUUUCGUAUGCUAUAAUGUAUGCUGUAACAAAAUACAAUUACGUAAUGCGAGUUUUCAGCAGCCUUCAUAUUGAAAAUAAUUGCUUCUUAAAUACGUAAAUCUUAAGAAUCGGAAUGAUUCUUUAUACCGACAAAGCUUUAAUUGCAUUUCGAAAAUGAAUUAUACGACGUAUAGGAAUCUACUGCUUUCUUUUAUCAGCAUCAGUUUGUAUUUGACGUUGAUAAACAAUUGUAGAAAGGUUUCACAUAUAUGUAUAUGGCCUUUUUACUGUGCGUUUCAAAUAUACGCAUGACAAGGUGGCACACGAA